AUUAACAUGAUGAAAUCUUUCCUACUUAUUUCCUUUCUCAUCAACUAAAACUUGCUGGUUUAGACCGGUUAGUGGACUUUAUUACUUUCACUAUAAUAACUUUAUUCUUUACAUAUGUCAAAAAUGUAAAUAUUUUCAAUAAUCCCCUGCAAUUUCCUCUUUUAAACCUUUCAGAGACCCAAAUCUAAGAUAACGGCAUCCAGGAGGUUGUUCCUGAAGACAAAACUCCUGAAGAGGGCAACCUCUAUGCUAGUAACUGAGAAAGAGGAGAUACAGAGGGACAGAGAGACCACUUUGCGUGAGAGAGUGCCACCCCUACAACUGUCUGGUUUGUCUGUUCAAGAGCUUCAGGCUCUCUGCAAAGACCUCCAUCAGAAGAUUGAUGUUGUAGAUGAGGAGAGGUAUGACGUCGCUGCAAAGGUGGCCAAAAAUGAAAAGGAGAUUACAGAUUUGAACAUAAAGAUUACUGAACUUAGAGGCAAAAUGAAGAGGCCUGCACUCAAGAGAGUAAAAAUAUCUGCUGAUGCAAUGUUGGGCGCACUUCUGGGCUCCAAGGUCAAAGAGUCUGUGGAUUUCAAAGCCAACCUUAAGACAGUCAAGAAAGAAGAAGAGAAGAAAGAAGAGGUGACUGACUGGCGUAAGAAUGUGGAGGCCAUGUCUGGUAUGGAGGGCAGGAAGAAGCUGUUUGAUGCUGGUCAAUAGAGGGUAAAAACUAUCAGAUGUGACAUCAGGAAGAAGGGCAAAAGGCAGGGAUUUUAAAACUAUUGAAAUAACUGUACAAAGCAAUACCAAAAAUCUAUAUAUUAUUUGAACAACCACCAUUUAUGUGAAUAUUUAUUCCUCUGUUGUUCGUAGCUUUGCAUCACGGCCUAAUGUUAAGGACUGUCAGUAUAUUAUUUCGUUUGAUAAAGGCUCUGCAUGUUUUCAAAGUGAUUUAGACCAAAAAACAUGUCUCAAAACCUUUUUGUCUCAAACCUCACAAUGUCUCACAUCCUUUUAGUGUCACAAAAGUUCCUAUGAUGUCCAGUUAAUUUUCUGUCUUAAAAAUAAAUGCUAUCAAAGAUGA